UCAGGGCCUCUCUAGCCUCCUGGAGCAGCUUCUCCAGUACCACGGCUCCUGGGGAAAUCUCUUCUUUUUUGCCAGUUCCCAGGUUCUGGAUUGCUGCUCAGCACUGUACUAUCUGUGUAUUUCAAUGAGCCUGUGAAUUACCUAGGCAAGAACUGAGCUGCAUGCCUGCUGUCUCCACAAAAUCCUGAAUAGUUGUGCACUGCCUCUGGCAGUUCUUCCUCCACAGUCCUGGAGGUCUCCUCUGGCAUUGAACUGAUGAACUCCUCAUGGCAGAGGAUGCUUCAGAGCCUCAACACCUCCUCCUGUAGCUUCCUUGUUUGAUCCCUGAGAGAGACCACCAGAAAGCACCGCUCACACUGCAGGCACUCCCUCACCUGGCCAUCACUGGAAGGAAGCUGCAAGCCACAGUCCCCACAGCGCCAAACCCAGACCUGGGUAGAAGCCUUGAUGGUGAGCAGUCCUGCCUGGACAGGCACCUCAAAGGUGCAAGCAGAGGCAGUGGCAGUGGCUCUGGCAUUGCGACAUCCUCAUCUGCCUCUUCUCUCUUAUGGUCCUUCUUCCAAGCAGACCUUCCCUAGCAAGCUUGCCUGGAAACUGACCUGUUUACUGCUUGUCGGCCCCAAAAGGUUCCUUUUUUCCUGCUUCCUCACAUGAAGCUGAAAGUCUCUUCCCUCAAAAAUGGGGUUGGGGGCGUCACAACCCAAAGUUGUGGUUUUUGUUUGUGUGUGCUUUGGCACCGCUAAAUUAUUUUCCCACCGAUUGUAGCUUUCUUUGCACGAUAGAGUUCUCUGCUGCGGGAGAGAACUCUGGUGCAACGGGGGAUUUCCCGCCAAAUUACAGCUUCUUUGCAGGGUGCAUUUCUUUUGCAUACUAGUGAUGCACGUUGCAAAGGAGUUCCCGCCAUUUGUAUUUGGAUUCGCGCCACAUUAUUGGCCAGUUCCAAAUGUAGACACACGUGGCAGCUUGCUAUUGGGUUGCUAGCCGUACAAAAGGCUUGGGUAGCUUCCGCCCAAGUCGGAGAAGGGAGGAAGAGAGAGACUCUGUGUGAAGAUCUCCAAGCGCUGCGGACCCUCGCGGACCCAACGUGCCUCCCCUAAGCAGGCAAUAGAGGCUUAAUAACCAAACCUAUGGAGCUUUCACUUCUAGCCUCUCCCCGUUGCCAAUCACAAUCCCAGACAUAUCCCUUUCCUGUAAACUUCAAACCCACGGAGCCUAAGCAACUCCGGGGAACCUUCAAACCCACGGAGCCUAAACAACUCUGGGGAACCAAGAAAGCGAACCGGACCCGCGGAGCCUAAACAACUUCAUGGGAGCAAUCGAAUUUGCCAUGGUCCUCUAGCAAGGAUCUAAGCGGGAGCUGAGCCUGGAAACCUGUCCAGCCUACACCACUACCAUCUUUGGGUGUAAGUAAACAACCUUUUCAAUCAACCACUAUGCGUUUGUGACUAACUCUAGCUCGCCGCUGGCUCUCUCUGACCCCGCGUGCCCGGGCUGCUGGCCACAGCCCGCGUGCGCGAAAGACGGGCCGUGGAUCGCCCCUCCCAACCCGCGCGUGGCGGCGGGAGCGGGGCCCGGCCCACACAUGGCAACGAGGAUGGGAUCAGGAGAGAAUAUGCUAGAGUUAGAGUUGGUUCAGAACUGCCCUUGGCAUGAUGGCCAGCACCAAGUGAAAAGCUUUGAGGAUCUGGAGGUGAAUAUCGCUUACCACCAGGCGGGCGGAACGGGUGAAAGAUUUGUAAGCGGACGUCUGUCACUAAAGGGAGAUGAGGGAAUCUCCGAAGAUGGAGCCCCGUGAGAAAGGGAAGUGUACUUGCUCCCUGUGGUGUUCAGGUGUAUAAUGAGAGAUGAGCAGGUCCUGUUUAGGCACCUCGAUACUGUGUCCCUCGCCGAACCCAACCCGGUGGGCAAAACGAACCCGACUUUCACCCGGGAGUGUGCCCAAUGCCUGCGAUAUGCUCGGGAGAGUGAAGAACCGGAGCCAAUCGGCUGGUUCUCCCCGUGUAUGGUAAUGUCUAGAUUACGGGGUCGCGAGCUUCCAUCUGAGCUCCUCGAAGAUCUGGAGAUGGAGGAACGCCCCGCGGAUGAAAGAGUGGCCUUGUGGUACGACAAGGGGGGAGAAUGUAGUGCAACUUUUCAUACUGUGAUGGAUUUAAUGCAGAAAAACUUAAGUUUGAAAACCCAGCUGCAGAUGGCGAUCCGAUCGGACAAAGAAGCGGCUGAGAAAAAGGAGCCUGAAACACCAGUCCAAGAUGGCACCGAGCAAGAGGGAGACCAUGUGGAAGAACCGGAAAAGAAGGGUGGAGCUUCUAACGAACCCGCGAGAGUUCGGUCAGCGACUCCGCCCAUCGAUGCAGCGUCAUCGCCGGCAACCCCGCCUAGCGACACAGCGACGUCUCUGCCGACCACGCCUUCCUGCCGACGAAGGAGAGAGUCAAGCGGAGGACAGCAUCCGCCCCUCCUGCCUGAAGCAAUGACAGCAGCAGUAACCCCAGCGGCAGCAGUUCAGCCUAUGACAACAUCAACUCCCGAAAAAGCAGCUUGCCCUACAGCCACAUUCAACCAAACAACUGAUGAGCGAGAUGUCGUCACCAGUCGCAUUUGUGCUUGGACAGAGCUACAACAGCUGUAUAAGGAAUCUGAGAUGGAAUCUGAUGAAGCUAUAAUUUCAUGGCUAGAUCUUAUGGCCAUGGAAUUUAAACGUGAUUAAUAAAUAAUCUUCUUUGUCAGUUGCCAAAACUGCGUAUCCUGAUGGAGCCAAGAUUGUCUUUUGAUCGGGACUGUCAACACCCGACCAGGCCUCAAGGCACCAGACGACGUGCAUCCGAUCUCCCACCACUGCCACCAAGAACCCUAGAGGAGCGAUACAUGUUUGGAUUUCUCCUACAGCUUUCCGGACUUAAUAAAUGGCAGCUUCGGAUUUUAGGGGACGCAGGCCAAUGGCAGUUAGCUUAUGAGUUAGGUUUCCGUUAUUUGGAAGAACCAGAUGAUGAAUCUUCGAUGAUUUUGUCUAAUUGAGCCAUGAAAAUUGUUUAAAACUGUUUAAGUUUGUUGAAUAAGGUCAUUAAUCUGUUUUUUUGAGAGUUUUCUGUUUACAGAUCUGGGAUUCAGAGUGUGUGGCAAAGAGGAGCCCUAAGAGAGACGACAUCACCGAGAAAACUGAGGGCCUGACGUAUGACCUCGCCACGACGCCCACUGAAGCCCUGAUUGUGCAAUUUUGUUAUGAAUCAGAUUAUGUGUUUAUGUUGAUUAUUAUUUCUUGAUUGUUAUGUAACUUAAUCCCAGGACAGCAAAUUUUAUGUUUGUGUAUUUGUUUGUUUGCUUAUUUACUUGUUUGAUGACUACGACAAAAUUCUAGAUUGCUAGAAGAGUAUGGUGUAAUUUAGCUAUGCUCUCAGCAAGGGGGGAUGUCACAACCCAAAGUUGUGGUUUUUGUUUGUGUGUGCUUCGGCACUGCUAAAUUAUUUUCCCACCGAUUGUAGCUUUCUUUGCACGGUAGAGUUCUCUGCUGCAGGAGAGAACUCUGGUGCAACGGGGGAUUUCCCGCCAAAUUACAGCUUCUUUGCAGGGUGCAUUUCUUUUGCAUACUAGUGAUGCGCGUUGCAAAGGAGUUCCCACCAUUUGUAUUCGGAUUCGCGCCACAUUGUUGGCCAGUUCCAAAUGUAGGCACACGUGGUGGCUAGCUAUUGGCUUGCUAGCCGUACAAAAGGCUUGGGUAGCUUCCGCCCAAGUCGGAGGAGGGAGGAAGAGAGAGACUCUGUGUGAAGAUCUCCAAGCGCUGAGGACCCUCGCAGACCCAACACGCCUCCCCUAAGCAGGCAAUAGAGGCUUAAUAACCGAACCUAUGGAGCUUUCGCUUCUAGCCUCUCCCCGUCGCCGAUUGCAAUCCCAGACGUAUACCUUUCCUGUAAACUUCGAACCCACGGAGCCUAAGCAACUCCGGGGAACCCUUUGAACCCGCGGAGCCUAAACAACUCCGGGGAAUCAAGAAACCGAACCGGACCCGUGGAGCCCAAACAACUCUGUGGGAGCAAUCGAAUUUGCCGUGGUCCUCUAGCGAGGAUCUAAGCGGGAGCUGAGCCUGGAAACCUGUCCAGCCUACACCACUACCAUCUUUGGGUGUAAGUAAACAAUCUUUUCAAUCAA